AUUUCCUAUCCACCUCCAAAUUGUAACCUUAAACUUAUUCAAAAACAAAUAACUAUAUAUUUAAAAGAAAUUACUUCGAAUUGGGACCAUGGGUUCUCGACAAAUAACGGAAAAAUCCUUGUCAAUAAUAAGAUCGUUGCCACGAAUUUCUGUCGGUAAUAUACGCGAUAAUCCAGGUUCCAAAGUUACACAAAAACGAGGACGUGGUCAACAUGGUGGUGACAAACAUGGUGCAGGAAAUAAAGGAUCAGGUCAAAGACAGAAUUAUAUGAGGUUAGGAUAUGAAACAGGAAACAAUCCCUUUUAUCUUCGUAUGCCCCAAGAACCAUAUUAUAAAGGACACCAUCAUAGAAGAGAAUAUCCACCGCUGUCAUUAUUGCAACUACAGACUUUAAUUGACACAGACAGAAUUGAUGUGUCAGCUCCUGUUGAUAUUGCAAGUAUUAUAAAGUCAGGAUUAUAUAAUUUCUAUCCGGAGCAGAAACAAUUUGGUAUAAACUUGACAGAUGAGGGUGCAGAUUUGUUUGCAGCGAAAAUUAACAUUGAAGUGCAAUGGGCAAGUGAACAAGUGAUCGCUGCUGUUGAGAGGAAUGGUGGAGUUAUAACCACUGCAUAUUAUGACCCUCAUAGUCUAUUUCUGUUGAAAAAUCCAAAACAAUUUUUCAAAACUGGAGCAGCCAUUCCAAGGAGGAUGAUACCUCCACCAGAUGUCAUUGAAUAUUACACGAGUGCUGAGACCAGAGGGUAUUUAGCUGAUCCAGAGAAAAUAUCACAAGAAAGACUAAAAUUGGCACAAAAAUAUGGGUAUGAGUUGCCACAACUAGAAAAUGAUUCACAUUAUGAAAUGUUGUGUGAAAGGAAAGAUCCUCGGCAGAUUUUCUAUGGGUUGGAACCAGGAUGGGUAGUGAAUCUGAAAGAUAAAUGUAUUCUUAAACCUACGGAUAAAGAAUUGUUAAGGUUUUAUUCAUCAUAAUUUAAAUAAAACAACCCUUAGUAUUACUGAUUUGUUUAUUGAAUGUGUAUCAUAG